AUGAAAAUAAAUUAGAAAUUUUAUUUGUAUGGCAAGAUGAAUCUAAUUAUGAAAAUGCAAUAUAAGAAUUAAUAAAUAAAUUAUCAUUAGUAAAAUAAUGUGAUAUAAUUCAAUAUAGACUAUCUCAAAUUCCUAUAUGUAAAAGACUUAUGUUUGAAAUUUUAUUUUUAAUAAUAAUAAGCAAAAUUUAUUGGAGAAACAUCUGAAUGGAAACAUUAAUGUAAAAAUGAUAAAAAUAAGAACUAAUAGAAUAAAGUAGAAUUUAAAUAAAUAGAAAUCAAAGUGAGGAAAUAAAAUGAUUUUAUAAAAAAAGUAAAUGCUUGA